AUGGCAGGCGAGGCAGGCACGCUGAUUGGGGAGGAGGCAAGCCCCAAGUAUAUCGUGGAGCACCUGGAUGAGCUAGAGGAAUGGAGUAUUCUCGAGUACAUACACAUAUGCGAAACGGUAAAGGACAAAAAUGUCAUAUUCACCAAUUUUGACAGACCCUUCGACGAAGUAUCCAAGGAACAUAAGCCGACGUGCUAUGAACAGCCCAUCCGCGAGUUGAAGGAAAAAUUCGAAUGGAAAAAAAUAUGUCUAUUAGAUAUGAAAGCCAAGGACAUUUUAACAUGCAAGGAUAAGGAGCACUUGGAUUACUUGCUCUUUGGAGGGAUACUUGGAAAUGUUCCAUCUGAUGACAGGACUUCUAUUCUGCGAAAGUGCCAGUUUGUCAUUUCGAGAAAUCUUGGGGAAAUGCAAAUGACGACAAAUACUGCUGUCCUCGUUUGCCAUAUCAUUUUAAAUAAUCAAGUAGAGUUUAAGGAUAUUCCUUUUGUGGACAACCCAGAAAUUGCGUUGCGAAAUGAGAAAGAGUCAAUGGUUCUUCCCUUCCGUUUUGUCUCCAAGUCGUUUUUUACUGGCCUGGAUCAGGACAGAAAUGUUCCCGUGCUGCCACGAAAUUUCACUGAAUAUUUGAUUGGCCUUGGGGAUCAGCGUGUGGGCGACCUGGAUGACUUCCUCUCAGGGGGGGUAUAG